ACACUUGUUAUAAAGAUGGUUGGCACCUGCACCUCCAACAAGCCCGCGCACACUCUCACCGUUUUAUCCUGGAAUUUUCCAGAUAAAAUUAAAAUGAUAAUUAAGAAGCGGCGAGGAGCGGCGUGUCGCAGCCGAGGAUCACUGUGUGACUGGGUAUCGUGGCGGACAUAUCGCCGUCCCUGGCCGCCCCAGCACCACCCUCCUGCUCCUGCUGCUCCUGCUGCUGGUCCUGCUCCUCCACGCCGCCGCCGCCGCCGCCAUAAUACUCUCAGCCUCAACAUGUCCCAGAACACACAGCAAGUGUCCUCCUCAGACGCUGUUAAGAUGGUUGUCAAGUCCAACCAGGCUACCAGCGGAAAUGUUCAUCACAUUGCCACCAUUGGUCUUGCUGAAUUAGCUCAUAGAGAAUAUCAGACGGGAGAUUAUGAAAAUGCUGAGAAACACUGCAUGCAACUAUGGAGGCAGGAUCCUUCUAACACGGCUGUAUUACUACUAUUAUCAUCUAUUCACUUUCAGUGUAGAAGACUAGACAAAUCUGCACACUUCUCAAUGUUAGCAAUUAAGCAAAACCCAAUGUUAGCAGAGGCCUACAGUAACCUCGGAAAUGUCUACAAAGAACGUGGUCAGUUGCAGGAAGCCUUAGAAAACUAUCGCCAUGCAGUUAGACUCAAGCCCGAUUUCAUUGAUGGAUAUAUAAAUUUGGCUGCUGCCCUUGUUGCUGCAAAUGAUAUGGAGCAAGCUGUGCAGGCUUAUGUUUCUGCUCUGCAGUAUAACCCAGAUCUGUAUUGUGUACGCAGUGAUUUGGGUAACCUGUUGAAGGCACUAGGAAGAUUGGACGAAGCAAAGGCAUGUUACUUGAAGGCCAUUGAGACAAGACCAGACUUUGCUGUGGCUUGGAGCAACCUUGGUUGCGUCUUCAAUGCUCAGGGAGAAAUUUGGUUGGCCAUUCAUCACUUUGAAAAAGCUGUUGCACUUGAUCCCAAUUUCCUUGAUGCAUACAUCAAUCUUGGCAAUGUUUUGAAGGAGGCUCGAAUUUUUGACAGGGCUGUUGCAGCAUACCUCAGAGCACUGAACCUUUCUCCAAAUCAUGCAGUGGUUCAUGGAAAUUUGGCUUGUGUAUACUAUGAGCAAGGACUUAUUGACCUUGCAAUUGACACAUACCGGCGUGCAAUUGAACUUCAGCCCAACUUCCCAGAUGCAUACUGCAAUUUGGCAAAUGCCCUCAAGGAGAAAGGACAGGUUAAUGAAGCAGAGGAAUGCUAUAACACUGCCCUUCGUCUCUGCCCUACUCAUGCGGAUUCCCUUAAUAACCUUGCCAAUAUCAAGAGGGAACAGGGCCACACUGAGGAUGCUACGCGCCUCUACCUUAAGGCUCUGGAGGUGUUUCCAGAGUUUGCAGCAGCACACUCCAACCUGGCUUCCAUUCUUCAGCAGCAGGGCAAACUUAAUGAAGCCCUCAUGCAUUACAAGGAAGCCAUUCGUAUCCAGCCAACUUUUGCUGAUGCUUACAGUAAUAUGGGCAACACACUUAAGGAAAUGCAAGAUAUUCAAGGUGCUCUUCAGUGUUACACACGUGCCAUCCAAAUCAACCCGGCCUUCGCUGAUGCUCAUUCCAACUUGGCCUCCAUCCACAAAGACUCUGGUAACAUCCCAGAGGCUAUACAAUCGUACCGGACAGCACUGAAACUGAAGCCAGACUUUCCAGAUGCUUAUUGUAAUCUUGCCCAUUGCCUACAAAUUGUGUGUGACUGGACCGAUUAUGAUGCUCGUAUGAAGAAACUGGUUGCCAUUGUUGGUGAGCAGUUGGAGCGCAACCGUCUUCCAUCCGUUCAUCCUCACCAUUCAAUGCUGUACCCAUUGUCCCAUGAAUAUCGAAAGGCUAUUGCCAAUAGGCAUGCCAACCUCUGUAUGGAAAAGAUUAAUGUGCUACACAAGCAACCCUACAAGUAUCCAUCCGAGUUAACACCUGAAGGACGUGUUCGAGUGGGCUACGUAUCGUCCGACUUUGGCAACCAUCCCACCUCGCACCUUAUGCAGAGCAUCCCUGGCUUGCAUGACAGGUCUCGGGUGGAGAUAUUCUGUUAUGCUCUCAGUCCAGAUGAUAGCACAGCAUUUAGGAAUAAAAUAAAUAGAGAAGCUGAACAUUUUAUCGAUCUCUCGCAAAUUCCUUGCAAUGGCAAAGCUGCUGAUCGCAUAAAUCAAGAUGGAAUACACAUUCUUGUGAACAUGAAUGGUUACACAAAAGGAGCUCGGAAUGAAAUCUUUGCCCUUCGCCCUGCACCAAUCCAGGUGAUGUGGUUGGGGUACCCAGGCACAAGUGGAGCUCCAUUCAUGGACUACCUUAUCACCGAUCGUAUUACGUCUCCUCUAAGAGUGGCAUCACAGUACAGUGAGAAGCUUGCAUAUAUGCCUGAUACCUUCUUUGUUGGUGAUCACAAAAACAUGUUCCCUCAUCUUUCAGAACGGGUUCUUCUUGACUCUAUUGACAACCCUAAAUUAUUAAACAAGGAUUGCAUCAAGGACAAUAUAGCAUUAAUAAACACCACCGACCUCAACACUGUAAUUGAAAAUGCCGAGGUGCUCACCGUCAAAGAGGUGGUGAAACCUGCUACCACCAAAGAUUCUGUUGAAGUAGCAGUUACAGUCGCUCAACUUCCUACAACUGCACCUAUUGAGUCGAUGAUUCAAACUGGUUUGGCUCAAGCUACUAUAAAUGGACUAGUUGUGCAAAAUGGUUUAGCCACAACGCAAAUCAACAACAAAGCUGCUACUGGAGAGGAACCUCCCAAAAAUAUUCUCAUUACUACACGCAAACAGUAUAAUUUACCAGAUGAUGCUGUCAUCUAUUGUAAUUUCAACCAGUUGUACAAAAUUGAUCCUUCAACUCUACAAAUGUGGUGCAAUAUUUUAAAGCGUGUGCCGAAGGCAGUUGUAUGGCUGUUACGGUUUCCCGCUCAUGGAGAAGCAAACAUUCUUGCCCAGGCACAACACCUAGGAGUUGGACCAGGGAGAAUAAUUUUUUCUAAUGUAGCCGCCAAAGAAGAGCAUGUCCGUCGAGGACAAUUAGCAGAUGUUUGCUUAGACACGCCGUUAUGUAAUGGGCACACUACAGGUAUGGAUGUAUUAUGGGCAGGAACUCCCAUGAUAACAUUAUCAGGCGAGACACUAGCAUCCCGUGUUGCAGCCUCGCAACUUCAUUGUCUGGGGACUCCGGAACUUGUGGCCACCACACGUCAAGAAUAUGAAGAUAUUGCUUCUAAACUAGGAAAUGAAAGAGGAUACUUGAAAGCAACACGUGCUAAAGUGUGGAAGGCACGCAUGGAGUCUCCACUGUUUGACUGCAAGACUUACGCCCGGAACCUUGAACGUCUUUUCAAGAGGAUGUGGGAUAAACAUUCUUCAGGUGAAAAGGCAGACCACAUUACCGAGUGGUAAUUAAUCCAUUUAAUAAAUUAGUGCUGAUAUAUAGAGAGAACAAAAUCCAGAACUAAUUAACAUUCAGCUACUGGUGAUUAUCUGUGGUGUAUCUAAUAUUGUAUUGCACAACUGAAAAGUUAUAAAAUUGAAUUGGUGCAUUUGCCAAUAAAGGAGUGAGACAGUGUGAUGUAAUGAAACUUGUAUGUGAUACUGCUCUUUCAAAUUCAUGUCAUCAUUGUCAUGUACUUUGUCAGUUCAAAUUCCGCAUUACUUGAUAUGUAAUGGCCAGUGAUGCAGUGGUGUGGGAUUGUUUCUUCCUAUGUCCAACACAUUUACAUUUGUAUCUUCUGGAUGUGGGUGUUUCCUAGCUAGCUGCAUUUGGUAUUUCCUUGUACAUUAUACUGUUUGGCCAUCACUGCGAUUAUAAAUGUGUCGAGGCUGCUACAAAUGAACUCGUAAGGACUAAAUGAAGAGUGUAUAUAGAAAAUUUUCACAUAGGUUAAGUAUGCAUGAAAAGGCUCAGGAUUUUUUUUCUCUCUAGAGUGCUAGGUUUUCAAAAGCUGAUUUGGCAGGCCAAUUGUCUUUGCCUGCGGAAGCACUGUUCUUGAUGCCCAUUUAAAUGUGGUUGCACACAGGGUUAGGUGAAUAUUGCUGAAUUGUUCAAGAGUUACCAGAUGACACUAGACAUCCAUCUUGUCCACCUUGAUGUUCAUGCACCGGGAAUUAAGAGCAUGUAGCGGUGAAAGUCAUUGCUUUUUAGCACAUACACUUAUUAGAAUCCAGUACCAGUUCGUUAUAUUGCAUUUUUUGAUAAAUGCCCUUGUAAAUUGACCUGUCAAGUUUAAAUUGUCAUCUUGAGUCUCUCUGAAGCAUUCAUAGCUAUAUUCAACAUUUAUGUUAAAUAUUGCCUUCUGUGAAGUGAUAGACUAUAAUCUCAAGCCAUUCUUUAUUCUUACCCCCUUUCUUAACCCAUCCCUCACCCCUCCCACCAUCACCCCUCCCACAGUCACUUCCCUCACCCCUCCCACCACCAACACCUUCCUCACCCCUCCCACCACCAACACCUUCCUCACCCCUCCCACCACCAACACCUUCCUCACCCCUCCCACCACCAACACCUUCCUCACCCCUCCACCAUCAACACCCCUCCUACCAUCACCCCUCCCACCACUCCAUCACCCCAUCUACCUCAUUCCCCCCACACUACUACUACCAAUUCUGUCUCACUUUCUUCUACCAUUUGUUUUCUCCCUCCUAACUUUACUCGCCCUUUCCUCCUCUUCUCCUUCCACACAAAUCAUCAUUCUCUCAGUUUACAUAUUUUUUUCUCUCUCAAAUGGCAUAAAUCAUUAUGUUUAAUUCUGUAUAUGUUAUGGAAUUGAGGCAAUGGUUUUUAUUCUUAUGUGGCUUCAAGUAAUGCAUGCUGAAGAGGACUGAUGUUGUACCUUUAGUUUUAUUUGUUUAACUCUAACUUGUAAGUUCCUUUCAUUGUGAUUUAGCUAUGAAAAAGUUAUGGUGUGUGAUACUAAGGUGUUUUUGAGGCAGAGUGAAUUUGAUGGUUAUUCUCGUAACUGCCUUAUCUUGUUCUUGAGAUAAUGAUUCUUGAUAAAGAAGACAUGAUGAGUAUAAGACUUCACAUUAGUGCACAUUGGUGUGCACAUGUGUGCAUGUGCAUUCACAUGGUACACAGUGUACCUGUACGUAUAUAUUUAUAUAUAUGUACAUCACAAUAUAAAUAUUUAUAUUUUUAAUGUAUAAUCAUUUGUAUGAAUACCAGGGCAUUCCUCCUUUUCAUAUCAUUAUGGUUUUUUGUUGAUGCCCCUCAUUAAGUUUUGAAGUGACCAACUCCUCCCUCUUUAUGGGUCAAACUGGAAAUCAUGUUCGUAUAUUUUUUUUGCUGAUAAUAGUUGCAUUAUGAAGUUUUGUGACCCUUCAAUAGAGGGAAUCUUUGUUUGUAUAUUGUUCAGUGCUUUCCAAAAAUAAAUACAAAGCUUGAAA